AAAGAGAACCCAGCCAUGCCUUUGAGAAACCGGUGAGAUAAGCUUGGUUUUCUCCUUCCUUUCUUGCUCUAGAACACACCUAGAACCCAGAAAUCUUCCCUCCCUCUCUGCAGAAACCGGAUCUACUCUGCUUUGCUCUGUCCGCUGGCUGCUCUUGAUUGUGGGUGAUUUCUGGGCAUUUUUUUCGUUCCGUGAGCUUCCCCCUGCAGAUCCCGCCGGCCUUCCCCAAUCUGCUAGCUCUGGUUCCUUGCUUGUAAAUUCUGGAACCGAAACCGAGGACAGGAAACCACGGGAAGUGACGAGUUAGAAAGCUAUCCAUUUCGAGAUUGAUAUAGAUUUUAGAAAUAAAUCAUGAUCUUGUGAACUAAAGUGUAUUUGGAGAUUUUAUGAUAUCAGAGAGAAUUUUAUAAUUUGAUCUUCAGAUUUUGAUGGUCUUAGAGUGUGAAUUUGAUAAGUUUCGAGCUUUGUGCAUUUAUGGGAUCCGUCUCACGAGUGCACAGCGUCUGUCGCGCCUCGAAUUUGGGUUUUGGGACAUGACAAUAAGGAUAGCAACGACCAAGACCCUAAACUUGGCUAUGUGUGACCAAAUUAACUUGGAUAUGGACAGCAAAGACCAAGACACUAAACAUGGCUAUGGUUGUAUAUAACCACAUAAAUAAUUGUUAAAGCUACACAAAAUAUUGUAAGUGUAUUUAAUUUGUUUGAUUUUAUUAGUAUAUAGCUAGUUAAGCCAAACCAAAACACACUUAUUAUGUUUUUGGGUGACUUGAACAAUUAUUUGUGUGGACAUUUGAGCUUCAUGGCUGGUUAAUUACCAAGGAUGUCGUAGCCUUUUGCAUUAAUCUUGAUCUGAAAUAGAACUCAAGUAGCUAGUUUGAUGUGCUUUGGAAAUAUGAGCUUGAUGAGUCCAUACACGAUUAAUAAAUAUGGGUUUCAGUU